AUGGGCAGCGACAUCAAGCCUUAUACCGUUGCCGUGCCGGACGAGGCUCUGGCCAAGCUCAAGUCCAAGCUAAAUGCAGUCGACCUCCCGCAGCGCGUCGACUUUGAGAACGACUGGAAUUACGGUGCCCCGGCCGCCGACGUCCGCCGCCUCGCCACGUACUGGCGAGACGGGUUUGACUGGCGGGCGCAGGAGAAGAAGAUUAACCAGCUGCCGCAGUUUACGACCCCGAUCGACGUCGAUGGCUUUGGCACGCUCAACAUCCACUUUGUCCAUCAAAAGAGCGCGCAUGCGGGAAGCAUCCCGCUUCUCUUCUGCCAUGGCUGGCCGGGCAGCUUCUUGGAGGUGGAAAAGAUUCUCCCUCUUUUGACUGAGAAUAGUAAUGGCGUUUCGUUCCAUGUGGUGGCACCCUCGCUGCCGAAUUAUGCCUUUUCCGAUGGCGCCACCAAGAAAGGCUUCGGGCCGCACCAGUAUGCCGAGACUUUGCAUAAGCUGAUGCAGAAGCUGGGAUACAAUAAAUAUGUCACCCAAGGCGGAGACUGGGGGUACAUGAUCACUCGCCGCCUGGGCGCCGACUAUCCCGAGUCGUGCGUGGCAUCUCACGUCAACAUGGCCUUCCGGGGACCGCCAAAGUUCAAGGAGACGCCCCUGACCUGGCUGCAGCACGCCCUUCUGCCCUGGUCCGCCGACGAGAAGAAGGGCCUGGCGCGCUCGUCCUGGUUCCGCGAGGAGGGCUACGGCUACAACGCCCUGCAGAGCACCAAGCCCGCGACGCUGGGCUUCGCCUUUGCCGACUCGCCCGUCGCGGUCCUGGCCUGGAUCUACGAGAAGCUGCACGACUGGACCGACGGCUACCCGUGGACCGACGAUGAGGUGCUGACGUGGGUGUCGAUUUACGUCUUCUCCAGCGCCGGCCCCGAGGCCAGCGCCCGCAUCUAUUACGAGAGCAAGCACGCGCCCGAGAGCGCCGCCAUCACCACGGGGUACAACGGAAAGGUGCCGCUGGGGGUGUCGCAGUUUCCGAGGGAUCUCGUCGUGAUUCCAAGGCUCUGGUACCAUGGUCUCGGCCCUAUUGCGUUUGAGAAGCAGCACAAGGACGGCGGCCACUUUGCGGCGUUUGAGCGGCCCAAGGAGCUGGCAGAGGAUCUGAGGACCAUGUUUGGGCGGAAUGGUGGUGCCUAUUCUGUAACCAAGACUCUUGCCAAGCUUUGA